GUUUUUCGCGAUCUGUUGCUGGGGCCACACUAUUUCCGCGAAUAAUUGCCGCCAAAAGUUGCACUUUAUAUUGUUAGCGCAAUUUAAACCUUUUUUCGGCACAAAACAAUUGUUUAUUACAAUCGUGGGCGUAGUUUCGGGUUCAGUUAAACGUGCAAACGUGCGGCGCUUGCGAAAUGAGCAGUGAUAAAGUGAAAAACGGCAACGAAGGCGAAGAGUCGGAGGAAUCAUGUGGCGAUGAGUCGGCCAGCUAUACAACAAACAGCACCACCUCACGCAGCAAAUCUCCGUCCUCCAGUACAAGGAGCAAACGCCGCGGACGCCCACGCAUCAAAUCGAAGCCACACAUACAUGCGGCCUACAAAUACGACACCCACGUGAAGGAGAACCACGGAGCCAACAUCUUCGGCGUGGCCUUCAACACACUGCUCGGAAAAGAUGAGCCGCAGGUCUUCGCCACAGCGGGCAGCAAUCGGGUGACGGUCUACGAGUGCCCUCGUCAAGGAGGGAUGCAGCUGCUCCACUGCUACGCGGACCCGGAUCCCGAUGAGGUAUUCUACACCUGUGCCUGGUCGUACGACCUGAAGACCUCCUCGCCACUUUUAGCCGCGGCAGGAUACCGCGGGGUCAUCAGAGUCAUUGACGUCGAGCAGAACGAGGCGGUGGGCAACUACAUUGGCCACGGGCAGGCCAUCAACGAGCUCAAGUUUCAUCCCCAUAAGCUGCAGCUUCUGCUGUCGGGCAGCAAGGACCAUGCGAUAAGGUUGUGGAACAUCCAGAGCCACGUUUGCAUUGCCAUUUUGGGGGGAGUGGAAGGACAUCGAGAUGAAGUGCUCUCUAUAGACUUCAACAUGCGUGGGGAUCGAAUUGUGUCCAGCGGCAUGGACCAUUCCCUGAAGCUGUGGUGUCUGAACACACCCGAAUUUCACCAGAAGAUCGAACUGUCGAAUACUUUUAGCCAGGAGAAAUCAACGCUUCCGUUUCCCACGGUCACAAAACAUUUUCCCGACUUUUCCACGAGGGACAUACACAGGAACUACGUGGACUGCGUUCAGUGGUUCGGCAACUUUGUGCUCUCGAAAUCCUGCGAGAACGCUAUCGUGUGCUGGAAGCCGGGACAACUUCACCAGAGCUUCGAGCAGGUGAAGCCGAGCGACUCCUCCUGCACGAUCAUCGCGGAAUUCGAGUACGACGAGUGCGAGAUCUGGUUCGUGCGGUUCGGGUUUAAUCCAUGGCAAAAGGUGAUUGCCCUGGGCAACCAGCAGGGCAAGGUCUAUGUGUGGGAGCUGGAUCCGAGCGAUCCGGAUGGCGCCCACAUGACCACCCUGCACAAUCCGCGCAGCGUGGCCACCGUGCGGCAGAUCGCCUUCUCCCGGGACGCCAGUGUCCUGGUCUACGUGAGCGAUGACGCCACCGUGUGGCGCUGCAAUCGCAGACAGGCGGCCUCCAUCUGAUGGCACAAUAUCGCGUAACCACACACCAAAUCUCACGUGGCCAAAACUUACAACAUUUCCCUCACUUAGUUCCUAGUUGGCUAGAGUUAAGGUAGAUUUACAAUGCUAAAAAGAACACCAUUGUCUUUGCGUAUUAAAUAAUUCCUAUUAAAACCAAUGAUAGUUUUUGAA